UAUUUCACUAGUGUCGUCUACUGAACGCCCAUCAAAUUUUGCUCCAAAAGUCACUAAAUGUUAUUGUGUUAACGAAUAUCCUUCAGCAUUAAAUAAAUAAGUAGUAUUUAAGUUAUUUAACGAAAAAAAAAGAUAUUUUUAAAAUAAAAAAAUGGGUGUAUCACCAAUUCCCGUUUGCUUUUUCACACUUUUUUGGGGUGCUAUUGGAAUAGUUUUACCAUUUUUUGUUCCAAAAGGGCCAAAUCGAGGAAUUCUUCAAGUUAUUUUGAUGUUAACAGCAUUUACAUGCUGGCUAUUCUGGCUAUGUUGUUAUAUGGCACAAAUGAACCCACUUAUAGGACCAAGGUUAUCGAAUACCACAUUAUUGCUUAUAUCUAGAGAAUGGAAUGGAGUUACCAUCAAGAGUAUGUAAUGAAAUAAUACAAAUACAUAUAUCAAUGUGAAUAAUUUUACUGUUAAAAUAUCCAUCAUUCCGUAUUAUUUAU